AUGGCGAACAACUUUGACAUGAACGAUAUGACCGUUGAACAACUUAUGGCACUUAGUGAGAUAAUCGACGAUAGUGACUAUGAGGGAAAUCUUGAGGAUGAAGUGAAUAAGAUCUCCGAGGACAAGUUCUACCGUGUCGCACCUAAGGACAAGGCAGAGAACAUCUUCGCGGAAGAGAAACUAUUCAUUGAUGAAGGCGAUAGAGCUACGGAUCCUAAGAGGCCAAGAAGACUCCCACUGAACUACAAGGGUAAGAGAGGAAUAAUGCCAACAUGGAAAUAUUCCGAGAGGCAGAAGGCAAAGGCUUUACUAGUUGAGGAAGCGUAUCAGAGCCUACUAAGUAGAGGAGUUGAAGGUCUACCACCAACAAUGGGAGGUGGAUGGAGAACGGACGAUCCUCAGGUAAACGCGGAGAUGAAGAGGCUCGAAAACCUUAGAAAUCCCAAGCGUCCUAGAGGUAGACCACCAAAGGUCAAGGUUGAUGGUGAAGUAACCCCCAAAAGGAGAGGUAGACCACCAAAGGCCAAAGAAGUUAAGGUUGCCAAAAGGAGAGGUAGACCACCAAAGGCUAAGGCGGCCGAAACUCAAGAAGCUAAGGUUCCCAAGAGAAGAGGUAGACCACCUAAGGCCAGAAGACAGACUGUCGCGGAAAGGUUCGUGAGCCAGGGCCGGAUAAAACUCUCGGUUCCUACGAACAGUGUCAUAACACAGGUGGGACCAAAUAAGUUCACGGUGACAGUGGAUCUCAGUAAAAAACCUACAAGGAAAUCUCCUGAGGUACCAAAAGGUGUAACUCCAUGGAAACCUGUUCCCAAGCCUAGAACUGUUCUUCCUAAGGAAAGACCUGUUCCUAAACCUAGAAUUAAAAUUCCUAAGGAAAGACCUGUUCCUAAGCCAAGGACUAAAAAACCAGUGCCUCCUCCAAAGUUACGAAAGCCUGCAAGGGUGACUAGGGAAGUUGCGGAGCAGCCUGCGGUGGUUACACCUGAGGAACAUGAAAUCGAUCCAUUCGGAACGUACCUCGAUAAGCCAUCCUACAGGAAAAUAGAAACUGCCGCAAAUGGAGCAGCUGUGACCUACUCAAUAACUCCAAACUAUAUGGACCCACUGGACCAGAUGACAGCAAGUAGGCAGGUGGUGAGGGGAAUACUAGUGAACGAGUUAAAGAGAAUGGGUGGUCUAAAAUAUACAGAAACAAUCAAGGUGAGAAUGUCGAAGGAAAUCGGUAAUGACAAAACAAAGAAGGAUUCAAUAUACUUCAAGUCGAAAACUGGAACCGCGACCAACUUUGAGGAUAUCGAAAGCACUGCGGCACAAAACCAACUGACAAUCCUAUCCAGAAUCGAAACAUUCCAAAACCUAGGUUCAAAUUGGAUUAUACUAAAUAUUGAAAGCCACUACGUUAACAUUGCAAUGUAUAAACCUCUAAAGGGUAGUUCAUAUAUGAAAUUACCCGCAGACAUUAGUAAUCCAAAAUGUGGUCUCAUUAAUAUGAAAAAUGAAGAUAACAAAUGUUUUAUGUGGAGUCAUGUGAGACAUGUGAGACCAAAGGUCAGGAGAGCAACUACUAUAACACGACAGGAUGUUAAGUUCUCGGAGAACCUGGACUACGAAGGAAUAGACUUCCCUGUGAAGAUAAGCGAUAUUAACAAAAUCGAGAGAAGAAACUGUAUAAGCAUAUCAGUGUUCGGCUAUAAGGGUAAAAAGCAGUUCUAUCCAAUACGAAACUCUAAGACAAAAUACGACGAGCAUAUGGAGCUGCUACUCUUAGGUGACGGUAAUGGAAACAACCACUAUGUCCUAAUAAAGGACAUUAAUAGAAUGCUGUAUAGCGUAAGCGGAUACGAACACAAGAAGCACUUCUGCCUGUACUGUCUACACAGCUGUAAGAGUGAAGAGCUGCUGAGGAAACAUAAGGAGACAUGUCUCGAGGUAAAUGGAACUCAGGCCACAAAGCUUCCCAAGGAAGGUACGAAAAUAAAGUUCAAAAAUCAUAGGAACUCAAUGCCUGCACCAUUUGUAAUAUAUGCCGACUUUGAGUCUAUACUGGUUCCUGAAGAGAGGAAAGUUGAUCCUGAGGGCCCCGAGGAGAAGAGUACUACGGACCUCUACCAGACCCACAAGGCUUGUAGUUUUGGGCUUAAAACUGUGUGCCAUUACGAUGAUCAGUACUCCGGUGAAUACAUAAGUUACGUUGGUGAGGACGCCACGAAUGUCUUCCUGAAGACAGUAUUGAAGGAGUCUAUUAGGUGCCGGGAAAUGGUGAACAAAAUAUUCAAGAAAAAGAUGGUAAUUACACCAGAGCAAGAAGCUGAGUUCUGGAUGACAAGAAACUGCUCCAUAUGUGGUAAUGACUUAGGUGAUGAUAGAGUGAGAGAUCACGAUCAUGUAACUGGAAUGUAUCGUGGAGCUGCCCAUAAUAUGUGUAAUCUGAAGUAUAGAAUCACAUGGAAAGUUCCGGUGGUUUUCCACAACCUAAGAGGUUACGAUAGCCAUCUGAUAAUGCAGGAGAUUGGAAAGUUCAAGAUGAACAUUAACGUUGUCCCAAAUAAUAUGGAAAAAUAUAUUUCCUUCUCACUAGGUAAAAGUCUUGUGUUCAUUGACUCAAUACAGUUCAUGGCUUCUUCUUUGGAAGCACUUGUGAGUAACCUUUCACCUGAAGACUUCAGGAUAGUUGGUAAGAGGUGGACUGGUGAGGACUUCAAACUUGUGACACAAAAAGGUAUAUUUCCAUAUGAAUAUUUGGAUGACAUUAGUAAACUUAAUGUUGAGGGUCUUCCAAGCAGAGACAAAUUCUACUCAUCUCUAUAUGAGUCGGAGGUGAAAGAAGAAGAUUACCAAAGAGCGCUAAAAGUAUGGGAUCACUUUAAGAUGAAAACCAUGAGAGACUACCACGAUCUCUACCUGGAGACUGACGUUCUUCUUCUAGCAGAUGUCUUCGAAAACUUCAGGAGAACUUGCUUGGAAAAUUACAAGCUUGACCCUGCACACUACAUAUCAGCACCUAGUCUAAGUUGGGACGCCUUCCUGAAACAGUCAGGUGAGGAGAUAGAACUGGUAAGUGAUAUGGACAUGUUUCAGUUCUUCGAGAAGGGAAUGAGAGGUGGCAUAAGUCAUAUUGCUCACAGACAGGCUACAGCCAAUAAUAAGUAUAUGGAAACGUAUAAUGAAGAUCUUGAAAACAAGUUCCUUAUGUACCUCGAUGCCAACAAUUUAUAUGGUUGGGCGAUGUCUCAGCCGCUGCCUAACGGUGAAUUUGAGUGGGUCGAGAAUUUCGACGCGGCAAACCUAGAUGACUAUCUUGGAGACAACGGAAGGGGUAUGGUUCUAGAGGUUGACAUGGAAUACCCAAAGGAACUUCACAAUCUACACAACGGUUAUCCGCUAGCACCGGAGAGCAAGGAGAUUGGUGCCUCAAUGUUGUCAGACUACGCGAAGGAUAUUGCUGAUAAAUUCCAGCUGACAAUUGGAGGAGUAAGAAAACUGGUGAACUCCUUAGGUCCCAGGAAAAACUACGUCUUACACGCCCGCAAUCUGAAACUCUACACAGAACUCGGAAUGAAACUUACGAAGGUCCAUAGAGCCGUCUCAUUCAAACAGUCCCCUUGGCUUAAAAACUAUAUCGACUUCAAUACGAAGAAACGGUCAGUUGCACGUAAUACUUUUGAAAAGAACUUCUUCAAAUUAAUGAACAACUCAAUCUAUGGAAAGACUAUGGAAAAUCUUAGGAAGAGAGUUGACGUGAAAUUGGUGUCAUCGGAAAAUGACCUCCUAAAACUUACAGCGUCGCCGUGCUUCCAGUCGCAUAGAAUUAUGAAUGAGAACUUAAUAGUUGUAAAGCGAACGAAGGAAGUUCUAACUCUAAACAAACCGUGCUACGUUGGAAUGAGCAUCUUAGACUUAUCGAAGACUCUUAUGUAUGACUUCCAUUACAAUACAAUUAAGAAGGAGUACGGUGACAGGUCAAAGCUACUAUUCACAGAUACUGACAGUCUGAUGUACGAAAUAAAGACUGACGAUGUGUAUGAGGACUUCAGGAGGAUCGGUGAGGAAAAAGACUGCUGGGACAACUCAGACUAUCCGAAAGAUUCCCCGUACUACUCGGCUCAUAAUAAGAAGGUGAUUGGUAAGUUUAAGGAUGAAGCCGGGGGAGUACCAGUGAUUGAAUUCGUUGGGUUGAGGUCGAAGAUGUACUCCUACGUGAAGGAAAGUGGUGGAGGUGAAAUGACCGCGAAAGGAGUGAAAAA